UAGUGUAGUUGUGCGGUUCGGAUUCAGGGGAGAAAUAAAGCGCAGGUGAUGCGUGAAGAAGAGGAAGAAAAGGAAUUUAACUCCAUUCGUACAUUUUACACCGCGAAUGUUGUUAUUCGAGCAGGUCCAUCACUGACUAUAUAGUGCCCAGCAGUCGGAAUGUAAACAUUUACUCUCGAAUGAUUUCUGAAGAGCUUUAGGACGCUGUAGCGAAUACCUGUAAUAUGAAGACUAUGCGGCGGUGUGUGCUGAGGGGACUUUCAGCCCACGCAUGAUGCCCCUCACCGUGAAUGCCAUGACCGAAGAUGGCGGAGUUGGAUGGUGGGGAAUUCUCUGCGAAUCGUUCACAGAGCAGCAUGGCUAACAAUAAGAACAGCUCCCUCCGCUGCACGUUCUCAGCCCCUAGUCACAGUAGCACUCUUCUGAAGGGGUUAUCUGCCCUGAGAGAACAAGGCCAGUUGCUGGAUGUGGUGCUCGCCAUCAACGAAGAACGCUUUCAGGUUCACAAAGCCGUUCUGGCCUCCUGCAGCGACUACUUUAGAGCUAUGUUCACUGGCGGCAUGAAGGAAUCAAACCAGGACACUAUUGAGUUAAAGGGCUUGUCAGCCCGUGGACUGAAGCACAUCAUUGAUUUUGCCUACAGCUCUGAGGUCACUCUAGACUUGGACUGCAUUCAGGAUGUCCUUGGGGCAGCCGUCUUCCUCCAGAUGGUGCCGGUGGUGGAGCUUUGCGAGGAAUUCCUCAAAUCUGCCAUGAGCGUUGAAACAUGUCUGAACAUCGGCCAGAUGGCCACCACCUUCAGUCUAUCCUCCCUGAAGGAGUCCGUCGAUGCUUUCACCUUCCGCCAUUUCCUGCAGAUCGCAGAAGAGGAGGACUUCCUUCACAUCCCGAUGGAGCGGCUGGUCUUUUUCCUGCAGAGCAACAAGCUGAGGAACUGCAGCGAGAUCGACCUGUUCCGUGCUGCCAUCCGCUGGCUGCAGCACGAUGAGUCACGUCGGGCCGGGGCCAACCAGGUGCUUCGCCAUGUCCGCUUUCCACUCAUGCGCUCCUCUGAGCUGGUGGACAGCGUCCAGACCGUGGACAUCAUGGUGGAGGACGUGCUGUGCCGGCAGUACCUUCUUGAAGCCUUCAACUAUCAGAUCCUUCCUUUCCGUCAGCAUGAGAUGCAGUCUCCUCGCACGAUCAUUCGCUCAGAUGUUAUAUCGCUCAUCACGUUCGGUGGCACGCCUUACACCGACAAUGACCGCACGGUUAGCAGUAAAGUGUAUUAUCUCCCUGAUGGCGCAGCACGGCAGUUCAAGGAGCUGACUGAAAUGGAGUCUGGCUGCAGCCAUGCUUGUGUGUCUGUUCUGGACAACUUUGUGUACGUAGUGGGCGGCCAGCACCUGCAGUACCGUAGCGGUGAAGGUGCAGUGGAUGUUUGCUUCCGCUACGAUCCCCACCUAAACCAGUGGUUGCGCAUCCAGUCCAUGCAGGAGAGCCGCAUCCAGUUCCAACUCAAUGUCCUGCAAGGCCAGCUGUAUGCCACUGGAGGGCGUAAUAGAUCCGGAAGCUUAUCUUCUGUAGAAUGCUACUGCCCUAAAAAAAACGAAUGGACUUACGUAGACUCUCUAAAGAGAAGGAUAUGGGGUCAUGCUGGGACGACAUGUGGAGACAAACUCUACAUCUCUGGGGGAUAUGGGGUUUCUGUGGAGGACAAAAAGACCCUCCACUGCUACAAUCCAGUCACAGACCAGUGGGACUUCAAAUGCCCCAUGAAUGAGCCUCGGGUUCUGCAUGCUAUGAUCAGUGUAAAUGACCGUGUGUAUGCUCUGGGAGGCAGGAUGGACCAUGUGGACCGCUGCUUUGAUGUGCUAGCAGUGGAGUAUUACGUUCCAGAGACGGAUCAAUGGACAACCGUCAGUCCUAUGCGUGCAGGCCAGUCUGAGGCUGGCUGUUGCUUAUUGGACCGAAAGAUCUACGUCGUUGGAGGAUACAACUGGCAUCUGAAUAAUGUCACAAGCAUCGUCCAAGUCUAUAACACUGAGACGGACGAGUGGGAGAGGGAUCUGCACUUUCCAGAGUCUUUCGCUGGAAUCGCUUGCACUCCUGUAAUACUGCCACAAACUGUCACUCAGCGAUGAUGGCCUAGCAAGAAAAUGUGAGGUGAUGUGUUACAUGGGAUAGCUAAAGUUACGUCUUAAUUGUAACAUUUCCUGCCUGCUUUCUCAACCAGUUGCAUUUUGGUUAUGAACUUUUAUAUAGUUCUCCCAAAUGGAAUAAUCCAGUAUUUUUCAACCUAAUCUCUAUCUGCCUCAUCUGUAUUCUACUCUUGAUUACAACAGAUAAUAGUUAUCCCAGUGCUUAGAAAAGAACAGUAAACCUGUUUUCUCAAAACUCACUUGUGACAUCAACCAAAGUGCUGAAUAAAUCUUAAUAGCAUACGCCGGUUAAAUUGAAAUGUAGCAACAAUAAUAACCAUCAUUAGAUCAUUGCUCAAUAAAAUAAAAAUGAACGUGAAAUAAUGGCAUAAUAACCAAACACUCAGCUGUCCGAAGAUAAGUAUCACAAUUUUAUUCAUUAAGCAAUGCUUCCAAACAACAUCCCAAACAUUUUUAGUCUGGAUAAACUGCAUUUUAUGGUGUUCUCACACUGGACAAUGAUGAAAGCAAGACUGUAGCCUUCACCUGUUUAAUCCUAAAACUCUUUACAUAAAACAUGUUACAUAUCACAAAAAAUUGACCAAAGUAAAUAUAUACAUCCUUUUGACUGCACUAAACUGUCCUCUCCUAAAAAGAUUAGCUGUUUUAUUUCCUGUACAUCCUUUUUGUCCCAAGUGCGGGUGGCAGCAUCACUGAUGGGUGACUCCAGCUUGUUUAAAAAGUGUUACAAGGUAUGGGCAGUAAGGAGUAAGAAUUAAAGCUACACUGUGUAAUAGGUUUUUGUUAAAACUGAACAAAGUAUUCUGGAAAAAAAAACAAACACGCUAAUAUAUGGUGUUCAUGUGCUGCUGAGAGUCAGCCUGGAAAGCCUGAAAUAAUAAUUUAAAAGAAGUGUCCAGGAUUUGCUGGAUUUUUUCAGAACAAAUUAUCCUUACAUCCUUACAUGUUAAUGUCACACACACAGGUUCAAAAAGAAGGUCUCAAAUGCUAAAUUAAUAUUAUACUGAUGAAGAAAUGAUGAGAAUAGUAGAUAAUUCACUCACAUCCUCGGAAGACACGUCCUUCAUCAAGUUCCUACUCUUUUAACACGCUCGCAAACAUCAGAUUUAUCUGCUCUAGAGGGAUCUGAAGCACAUCAGACUUUACAAAAUGUUCUUCCACAUAUUGCAUCACCCACCAAGGUGGUCUCCGAAUCCUCAAAACGUAUAUAGAGUAGCUUUAAGUAAGGAGAGAAAAUAAAGUUAAAGGCAAAAUCUGUUAAAGUUGAGAGGCAUGGUGUGAGAACCUAAACAUCAAAUUUGAAUCCGAAUUAGCAAACACACAUUAUCUACGCACACAUUAUCUACAUGCAGAUUAUCUAAGCUGCUUAUCUUCUUGAGUCGCUGGGGGGUGCUGGAGCCUAUCCCAGAAGGUGGGAAACACCCUGUACAGAUUGCCAGUCCAUCACAGGGCAGAUUUUGGGACAUGACAUCUGAACCUGACCAAACUGGGGAAAAAAGCGCUAGUCCCAUCUCUGAAUGAAUUUUACCGAUUCACGGCUUAAUUUACAAAAACCUUUGACUGAAGAAUUCAUGAAAGUGCUCUACAAUAAUAUUUGUUUCACUUAAACAUUUACUGAAGGAGCUCAGCAACUGCCUAUUGACUUCUAUUAUAAGUGAGCUUCGAGUCAGUUCAGGGAAACACAUUAAAAUCGUUGCCGAUCAUAAUAGACCCAUCCGCAACAGAUACAGUAGAUAGAGAUUAGGUUGGAAAAUGCUGAAAUAUUCCUUAAACUUGAUUGUAACUGUAAUUUCAGUGGUAUGAGUGUAGUCUUGGUCUUUUUGUCCUGUGUGAGCAUCUUUUACAAGGUGUAUGACCAAUUCAUAUUCCCUUGCAUAUUGAAUGUCUAAAGGCAAGCCUUUCAUGUGUAGCUGAGAUAUCCAUGUGUGAUCAUUUAUAACUACUACAAAAUUAGGUACAAAGAUUAUAAUAAGCUAUGAUCUACAACCCAAACAUCAUGUAAGCGCAGAGUGGAUAAAGACAAAAAUUGCUUUAUGACCUCUACGAUGACAUCCAACUAUGCACCUUCUUUGAAAAACCUUAACGGAAUAAGAUACUGGAUUAGAUAUACUGUAACGGUCCUGUAGCAAGUAGAGUACUUAAUGUUCUCUUAGUGUGUGGGCAGUUUUUGCUGGUUUCUCAGGCCUAGUGCUGAGAGCCCCACCCUCUGCACAUUUUACUCUUGUCCCUAGCCAACUGGACCUGAUUCAGCUCAUCAGCUAAUUAACAAGGCCUUCAUCAGCUGGGUCAGGUGCAUUAGAGCAGUGAAAUCAUGGAAUUGUACAGAACAUAAGGUCCUUCACAAACCUCUGAGGAAAUUUCUCAACUCAUUAGCACUUCUAGGGAAGAUUGUAUCCCAUCUUUGAAAGUGUGGGUUAAAGGCAUUGUUAUGUGAAAAAUCAAAUUUACACAGUUUUCUCUUAACCCCAAAAUGUAGUCGAGUCAUUAUCAUGAACAUGACAAAUACUGGGAGCCAAUUUACAAAAGAUAAAAUGACUAAAACUUCAUGUUUUCCUUUUUUUGGAUAUACAAACAAUAAUGCUCUUGGUUCAAUGCCUAAACUUGAAUUAUUUAGUUCAUAUUAAAUCUUCCAAUUUAAGUGGCCAAAUUCUCAAUUAUUUAUUUAUUUAUUUAUUUUUUGGGGGGUAAAAUUUUACAGUCUGUAUACUUUUGUAUAUGGUAUUUAGCAUUUUUAUCUCAUUACCACAACACAUUGACAGCCAUUGAGGUUUUUCUUUUCACUUGUGGUUCACAUCCUUGCAAGGAAAUGCAUUAGAAAACACCUGUUUAUAACACUCAGACCUUUAUAGACAUGUUUUGAGGCGGUGUAGCGAGAAUAGCUCAUCCACCAAGACAUUUUCUUGCCAUUACAACCGUUUUUAUCUUUGUGACAUAUUUUGUCUAUUUAUUCUUUUAGAUAACUGUAUGUCAUUCAGUGUAAGUAAACCACUUAAGAAAAUCUAUUUGAGAUUAUUUGACAUAAUUUGAAAGAUGCUAAUUGCUGGAGUCCAAGAUUUCAUUACUUGUAUUGUAAAUCCAGAUAUCUUGGCAAAUCGACUACAAUUGGGAGAAAAUUGUGUAAAUUUCAUUUUUUGUGUUUUUUUUUUUUAUUUUUCUACUCAUUGAAAUUUAACUCUACAAUGGGUUCUCAAUAUUUUGCAGGUUUUCUUACUAAAGCACAAGUUUUUGAUCACAUUUCAAAAAACUUUGAUCAGUUCCAGUUACCUCGGUUAAUGUCCUUAAUAACUCCUUUCUCCCUCAUAGUCUUUGUGAUGCCUCACAAAGUCAGUAAGCACAUAGACGUAUUUCAAAAUGCACUUUAACCGAAUACAGUGUGGCAGGAUCCAAGUGUGGACCAGACGGAGUAUGUUCACUGUGAUGGCUUAGUGGAAAAAUACAAUGGACUGAAAUUCUGGUAUGAUUUGUAUAGUAUUACUGCAGAAUGAAUUGAAGAAAAAAACAACAGAAAAAAACUUGUGGUCUUACAUAAGUGUGCUACUGUUACCACAGUGUGUUUUGUAAGACUGCAUUGGCAUGCUUUUUCUUCCUAUAUAUGAAUGUAUAAAGAUCACCACAGUCUUAAAUACUGCAGCAUUCAGUAGGUAUCUUACAACACUGGAUGCUGUAGUGAUGUUUUCUAGUUUUUGUUUGUGUUCUAUACAAUCUGUUUGUAUGACGUGAUUGAGUUUGUAAUGAUCAAGCACAUUAUGGUACUAUAUCUGUAUCGGAACUAGGUGUUGUUAUGAAACAUAAUUUGUCCUCAUGAAAUGAUUAAUGGGAGCUAUUGUUGGCUCAGGACUUUUCUAGGACAGCGUAUUAGCUAAUCUGCCUUUAAGGCAUUGAACAUGAAGGUAUCUGGGUAACCUGAGGUAGAGAAAAUGUGAGCUAGCACUUUUGAACAUAAUGAGUGAGACUGAGUUAUUUUGAUCCUUUGAUUUUUUUUUUUUUGAUCUUCUUAAACUUUUGACCCUUUGAUAAUUUUUUUUUAAUAUAUCUCUCACAUGAUUGUGCAGGCAUUACUUAUCAUUGAUGUGCUGUGAAAUGACUGCACAAUAUCUCUAAGUCUCCACUACAAUUAGCAAAAUGCUUCAGUUAAUUUUAUUUUAUGACAUACACUCUUUAAACUAUGGUUCUUUGAGGGUUCUUUAGUAAAAGCA